AUGUCCAAGAUAUUCGCGCGAUCUUCGACCUGGACCGACAGUUUGGACCAGCGGUAUCGGCAGGCCCGUCCGCCCCUCGUGGUCACCGCCUUCGCGGCCAUCGGGAUCAUCUAUGGCGAUAUCGGGACAAGUCCUCUCUAUGUUAUGAACGGUAUCUUUCCCUCAAAUGGACCUUCGCCCAGUGCCGAAGAUGCAAUGGGCGCUAUCAGCGCGAUCAUUUGGACUUUGACGAUUGUGCCCUUGAUCAAGUACAGUCUGAUAGCCCUAGAGUUUGGGACUGGAGAAGGAGAAGGAGGCCCGUUCGCAUUAUUUGCGCAGAUGUACCCGACCGAAAAAGAGGGAUCCGAAUUGGCAUUGCCCUCGAUCCACUCAGUUGGUGAGCAUGUCACCGCCGGCGCUACAUCCUUUCUGGCCCGGCCGAUGGUCAAACCUAUCAUCAAAGUCAUCACCUUGUUUGCGGUGGCUUUGAUCAUGAGUGAUGGAAUCCUGACCCCAGCGGUAUCGGUGACGAGUGCGGUGUCAGGCAUAGCGAUCCCGGUCCCAGCCCUGAAGUCGUCCGACAUCACGGGCAUCUCGAUUGCGAUCCUGAUUGCGAUCUUCUUCUCGCAGCGCUUCGGCACCCAGAAGCUCGCCUUAUCCUUCGCCCCGAUCGUCACCAUCUGGCUCAUGAUCAUCUCCGGCACUGGUAUCUAUAACAUCACCCGUCAUCCCGCAGUCUUUCGUGCCCUCGAUCCUAGUCGCGCUAUUAUGUACUUCGUCCGCGUCAGGUCCAUCAGCCCUUUGAGUGGGAUUCUGUUGUCCAUCACUGGGGUCGAGGCCUUAUUUGCAAACCUGGGACAGUUUUCCAAAGGCGCAAUCCGUCUAUCUUUCAUGUCUGCAGUUUACCCAGCCCUGAUACUAGCCUAUCUCGGCCAAGGCGCAGUAUUGAUAACCGACGGACCCGAGGUGGUCACCAACAUCUUUUACCGCUCUAUUCCCGGGGGUCAAGGCGGAGCGCUAUGGUGGAUUACCUGGAGCUUUGCUCUUUUGGCUGCGAUCGUCGCCUCUCAAGCAAUGAUCACUGCCUCGUUCUCCUUGAUCCAGCAAAUGGUCGGCCUCAAGAGCUUUCCGCCGGUCAGAAUCGUCCACACUAGUGACUCUUCUCGCGGACAAAUUUACGCCCCAGUCGUGAACUUUUUGUUGUUGAUUGGUACCGUUGGUGUCACGGCAGGAUUUGGGGCGGAUGAAGGUCUGAACUCCGCGUAUGGUUUUGCGGUCGCUGGGGUUUUGAUAACCACUACAUUCCUUAUGACUAUGGUUAUGAUUCACGUCAAAGGCAUGCCAGUAUGGCUAUCACUACUCUUUUUUACUCUUGCAGGUUUCUUCGAUGCCUUAUUCUUUGCGUCAGCCUUGCAAAAGAUCCCACACGGAGCUUGGUUUACGCUCACGUUGGGCUGUUUGAUUGGCUUGUUCCUCCUUUUCUGGACAUGGGCAAAAGGGCUGGAGGAUAAAUUUGACGCUGCCCAUCGGAUCAAGCUUGGCCAAUUAUUGAUCAAGCACUCCUCGCCCGAUCAACCAGUGACCCCUCUCAAGUCUGCCAAUAGUGAACUGCCAGGGCGUGGGGGUGGAGCUGUAUACGGGUACCCCAGCGAGAAUGAUGCCUUGCAACAAUAUCCAUCAACGCCUGUGACUCCGACUCAUAACCCUUCGGAAAUCCUACUAGCUCCGAUGCACAUCAGCGAUUUGGCCCUCCAUGAAGAACCAGAAGAGAUGAAGUCAGACGAAAUCAUGGAGGAAAAACAGGAAAUGAUCAACUUACCGGCGACCGGUGAUGAGCAGAGAAACUCCCACGAGCAAAAGGUGACGAUCCACGAGCCGCAUCACCCCAGGAGCUCAAGUCACAACGUGUCCAGCUACCCUCCGGUCCAGGCUAUCCAUCAGAUCACCAAGCAUCUCACCACCAGCCAACACUCGCCUAGAUUUGCCAGACGGCAGAACACCUUUGACAACCAAGCAAUCACGCUGAAUCCGGUCUACAGUCCUGACGUCAUACUUAGUGGUCCCCUACCACGGCUGGAAUGUUUCUCCUUUUUCCAUCAUCUGGGAGAAGGCAUCGGUGCGCCGCACUCGUUCUCGGCCUUGCUCCGACACCAACCUGCGUUACCCAGGGUGGUCGUCUUCCUGUCCAUCCGAGUCGUCAGCGUGCCCCAUCUCCAGGAAGAAGAUAAGUAUCUGAUCGACAAGCUGAGGACCCUGAGCGGCUUCUAUCUGAUGACCUAUCGGGUCGGCUAUCGAGACCCCUUGGACUUGAGAGGCCUCACCAAGCCCACUCUGGAGAGAAUCAUCGAACUCGAAAGGGGCAUCGUGCCCAUCGGUUCCAACAGCGCGCUGGAAGAUGAGAUAUAUAAAAUCACUAAGGCUGCUAAUAACACCAAUCACAUCUUGCCCCAUUAUCAUUGCACGGCCAAGCCUUUAACAGCGGACAAAAGCAGUAACGUUUUUGCGAAGUUUUACCAUUCGAUCAGAUCGUAUCUUUUGGAAGAGAUCUAUCGAAGAGUAUCUCAAAACUUCCCGGAAACGUCGAACUACGUGAUCGAUGAAUCGAAGGUCUUACGGAUCGGCGUGAAUGCCUUGAUCUGAGCACCACAUAAUUAAUCGCGGUCUCGCGGCCAGGAAGCACACACACAUCCUUAUUUUCACUUCAACCAGCGGAUCAGGUUUUGCAGAGAUCUUGUACAAACCUGAGCGUUAUCUUCCCACCCUCUUCAGGCCUUCCAAACAAUCGUUUUUUUUUUCUUUGAUGUCAACUCUAUGUUGUUGUUGUUUAUAAAUCUCUAGUUUGCUAGCACUAU